AUGCACACAAAUUAUGCAUAUGAGAGUAAAUUCUAAAAAUUUUAUCUUAUACGAAUAAUCUAAUUAUUUGAGGAUAAAACUCUUAGAUUGCCAUUCAAGGAAAUGAAACUCUAUUCAAACAACUAAACACCAAGAAAAUAAAUCCAAAUUUAAUAAUAAACUCAAUAAGUAUACGACGGAGAAACCUAUAUUUCAACAAAAGAAUGUUCAGAAAUACUCUAAUAAUUACCAAAAUUAUAGACUAAAAUUAAUUUGUCUGAGCAUUUAAAAAAGAAAAUAGGAUCAAGUUAAAAGUGUUCAUUUACUUCAGUAAAGGAGACGAUAUCUCUAAUAAAACAAAAAAAUGAAAAAAAAAUGCAGGAGAUCCAAACUGAAAGAGUGAUUAGUAACUUUUUAAAAAUAAGAACAAUGGGUAGUAUAGGGUAAAAUUAAAUUAACACUCAAUCUUUGGGAAGACAAGAAAAUAUUAAUCAUCAGUUUAAUAUUAAAUUUAUCUUGGUUUUAAUUAUCAUUUUAUUCUAUUAUCUAUCAGAUGAUUGUAAUCUCACAUGA